UCUAUCCUCUUUUAGGGCUUUUGAUGUUAGUGUUUCUGCGUUUCAUCACGAGACGUCGCCUGAAUCAGUCAUUUUGUUGUCAUCAGCCACACAAAUACAUUUGUUUUUGGCACCAUUUGUUCCCCAAAAUUCAUUAUAAUUUCCAAUUUUUUAAAAUUGUGUCGACUUCAGGGGAUGUGAAAAAUGUCGUACUCAACGAAACUUCUCUGUUUAUUGAGCCGAUAUUAUUGGGUUCAUUGACAACUAGAGCUGUCGUGGCUGAUAAAAUUUAGAUCUAUUAGUGAAGCAAUUAGAUGGUGCUGACAGGUGCCAUGGAGAGACGAAUCAAACUAAAGACAUUGAAUAGCCACAUAACUUGCAAAAUAUGCCGGGGCUAUUUAAUAGAUGCAACCACAGUUACAGAGUGCCUCCACACAUUCUGCAAGAGUUGUCUUGUCAAGCAUCUGGAGGAGAAGAGCACGUGUCCAACAUGCCAAAUUGUUAUUCAUCAGUCACAUCCCCUUCAGUAUAUAAGCUUCGACAGAACAAUGCAGGAUAUUGUUUACAAACUCGUUCCUGACUUACAAGAGAAUGAAAUCAAGAGGGAACGAGAAUUUUACAGGGCCAGAGGUCUUGCUUGUCCUAAAGAUGUACUACCAAAUGCUGGUGAAGUUGAGGAUGAGAAAUCCUCUGCUGAUGCCCAUGCGGAAGCGGAUUAUCAUAGAGCUGAUGAACAGGUCAAUGUUUGCCUCGAAUGUAUAAAUGCAAGUCUGAAAACGUUGAAACGCCGAUUUAUCAGGUGCUCAGCCCAAGCAACCAUCACUCACCUCAAGAAAUUUAUCGCCAAAAAGGUUCUUAAUGGCAUGGAAAAAUAUCGCGAU